UACCUCACUCUCCAUUUUCUUCUCCCCACUCAGCCGUUUGUUUUGUUAGCACCGCCGCAAAGAUGCAGAUCUUCGUGAAAACCCUCACGGGGAAGACCAUCACCCUCGAGGUCGAGUCCUCCGACACCAUCGACAACGUCAAGGCCAAGAUCCAGGACAAGGAAGGCAUCCCUCCGGACCAGCAGCGACUCAUCUUCGCCGGGAAACAGCUCGAAGACGGCCGUACCCUCGCCGACUACAACAUCCAGAAGGAGUCGACGCUUCAUCUCGUCCUCCGUCUCCGUGGUGGCGCGAAGAAGAGGAAGAAGAAGACGUACACCAAGCCGAAGAAGAUCAAGCACAAGCACAAGAAGGUGAAGCUCGCGGUGCUUCAGUUCUACAAGGUCGAUGGAUCUGGGAAAGUGCAGAGGCUGAGGAAAGAGUGUCCUAACGCGACUUGCGGUGCUGGGACGUUCAUGGCGAGUCAUUUCGAUCGUCAUUACUGUGGUAAGUGUGGACUUACUUACGUUUACCAGAAAGAGGGAGCUGAGGCAUGAUGAUCUUUCUCUCGCUGUCUCUUUUUUUUUCUCUGUCUUUAAUUUCGUUUUUUUGGUAAUUUCAUAAACUUGUAAUGGAUUCGAUGUUUGAACAUGUUUUGUUCUGGAUAUUGAUGAGUUUUAUAAGAUGUUUAUCCUUUGAUUAGUCUUAA